ACAAUGAUACUACGACAAUUACGGUUCAGCUUCGUGCAGCUGGGAGUUACGGGUAGUUUUCGGAUUCUUCGUCAGUUUUCCAACGCCAGGAGUUCCACGUUUGUGGCCAGCACGAUACAAACGAACCGUACAGAAGAAGAAAAGGCCCAGCAUCGUCUCGCACAGAUCAACGAAGAGGUACAAAAGCUGUUAGCACUCAAAGAACAGCUGAAGCAAUGCACUGUGGAAGAUGGGGGAGAUUCAGCAGUACCGAAGUCUCCGGGUGGAAAUGAAUCGUCCCCUGCCAACCGGAACCUCUCACUGAAAACACCGAAAGGUACCCGGGACUAUGGUCCGGAAGCAAUGGCACUCAGGCAGCGGGUACUCGAUCAGGUGGUUCGUGUGUUUCGCAAACAUGGUGCAGAAACCAUCGAUACGCCCGUGUUCGAACUGAAGGAGGUGCUCACCGGCAAGUACGGUGAGGACUCGAAGCUGAUCUACGACUUGAAGGAUCAGGGCGGUGAGAUAUUGGCCUUGCGGUACGAUCUCACCGUCCCGUUUGCCCGGUACGUCGGUAUGGGCAACGUGUUUAACAUCAAGCGCUACCACAUCGCGAAGGUGUACCGGCGGGACAAUCCGCAGAUAACGCGCGGCCGUUACCGGGAGUUCUACCAGUGCGAUUUCGACAUAGCCGGCACGUAUGACCCGAUGCUGCCGGAUGCGGAGUGCGUGAAGGUGGUGAGCGAAAUUCUGUCCGAGGUGGGCGUCGGGGAGUUUGUGGUAAAGCUAAACCACCGGAAGCUGCUCGACGGUAUGUUUGAGGCGUGCGGUGUACCGGCAGAGAAGUUCCGCACCGCCUGCUCGUCAGUCGACAAGCUGGACAAAACGCCCUGGGACGAGGUGAAGCGCGAGAUGAUUGAGGAGAAGGGUCUGACGGAGGAGACGGUCGAUCGGAUCGGAGAGUACGUCACGUUGCACGGUGGUCCGGAGCUGGUCGAUCGGCUGGCGGAGGAUGAAAAGCUGAAGAAGAUCCCGAGCGCAAUGGAAGGUCUGGAGGAUAUGCGGCUGUUACUGCAGUACUGUGACAUCUUCCAGGUGGCGGACAGGGUCUCGUUUGAUCUCAGCCUGGCCCGAGGGCUCGAUUACUAUACCGGUGUAAUAUAUGAGGCGGUACUGCUCGGUAGCGGUGGUAACGAUGAGGAAAUAACAGUCGGUUCGGUGGCCGGUGGCGGCCGAUACGAUAACUUGGUGGGCAUGUUUAACCCGAAGAGAAAGCAGGUCCCGUGUGUCGGAGUGUCGAUCGGUGUGGAGCGUCUGUUCUCCAUCAUGGAAUCACGGUCCGCCGCCAAAACGCGCACCAACGAGACGCAGGUGUAUGUAAUUUCUGCCCACAAAGGACUGCACUUGAAGCGACUAGAAAUUCUUAACAAACUUUGGGCUGCAGGUAUUAAGGCGGAACAUCCGUACAAGCUAAACCCGAAACUGCUUGCCCAGCUGCAGCACUGCGAAGAGUACCAAAUCCCGUACGCGAUCGUGCUCGGUGAUGGUGAACUGUCCCGUGGUGUAGUAAAGCUACGAGAAAUUGCCACCCGCAAAGAAGAGGAACUUUCUCUGGAGAAGUUCAUCGACGAGAUUAAAGCUCGACUAACCGCAUCUUAA